UUCGUUUGUGUCCUAAUCCAAGGUCUGCGCUAAAUGACGUCCUUAAGGACAAUUGGCAGGACACCAGGGAGAUUAAGGAGGCUGGCUCAAGUACCUGACACAUCAAAUAGCUCCCUGCCCUCAUUUGCCCACCUAAGGACAGGACACACAAGAUAUCCUUGUUUCGUCAAGGACCGACUGGACUGACAUAGUGUUGACCAUGUACCUUGAUAUACCGGAGGACGACUGGCUAAUCAAUGUGUCACAGCCGGCCAGAAUCAUCAGAUUGCAAUUGAGUCUGUUUUCUUAGAGUCUUCCUUCCUGUCCUGGACUUACAUUGUGUUGUGCCAGUGACUUCCUGCCUUUUUAAAAACGUUGUCCACAUGGAUGCUCAGGGGGUCCAGCUGUACUGGAGACAGAUGCAUGAACGCCGGUCUACCAUUAACGUUCUGGCCUUUGGUAUUUUGGCAGAUGCGACGGAUGACAAAACCUUUCCUUUUUCCCAGCAAACUAGCGUCAAGGCAUGGCACUCCAUGGAAUGUCUGGACAGCCCCUGCACCAGAGGAAAGCGAUCCAAACCAGGAGAGAGACUGCAGCAGACAGUUAAUGUAAAUGUUGGCGGUAAAGUGUUUAACAUCCCCAGGGAGCUGGCCAUGAAAUAUCCCCAAACACGGAUCGGGUCUUUGGCCAUCUGCACGGACCGCUCAAAGCAACUCAGUUUGUGUGAUGACUUUUCUGUAGUGAGCAAUGAGUUCUUCUUUGACCGCGAUCCGGCCUUCUUCCACUACAUCUGUCAUUUCUACACCAGCGGGGUUCUUUGGGUGAUGAGGGAGAUCUGUCCCGUCAACUUUGAGGAAGAGCUGGAUUACUGGGGCGUGAGCUUGCGAGACACCCAGCGCUGCUGCCGCAUAAUGUUUGAGGAGAAGGUGGAUGAGUUGAGAGACAACAUGAAGGUGGAGAGAGAGUUGAUGGCGGAGAUCGAGGUGAGUGAUGACCUGGACGGCUACGAGGACAUGGUCUUCGGGGUCACUCGCAAGGCACUCUGGGUCUUUCUGGAAAACCCCUUCUCUUCGACAAAGGCCAAAGUCUUCGCUGUAAUCUCCAACCUGUUUGUGCUCCUAUCCAUCGGGGCGUUGACCCUCAACACUGUGGAGGACAUGAAGAGCUUCGCCAUCUAUGGCAAAACGUACAUGGAGUGGGUAGAGGUCAUCUCCAUCGUGUUCUUCACCGUGGAGUACGUCCUCCGCUUCGCCUCAACCUGUCAACGUGGACAGUUUUUGAGGAGCACCCUCAACUUUCUGGACCUUGUGGCGGGCAUGCCUUACUUUGUGCUCAUCGUGUUUGAGGCUUACAACGACGUGGAGGAAGAAGCAGAAGAAGAAGACUUCAGGGCCGUUGCCGAUGUCUCCGGGCUCGACCAGGUCCUCAAUGUGGUGAAGCUCAUGCGCGUCUUUCGCAUCCUAAAGCUGGCUCGCCACUCCACCGGGAUGCGGGCGUUUGGCUUCACCCUGCGCCAAUGCUACCAGCAGGUCUGCUGCCUUCUCCUCUUCAUCGCCAUGGGCAUCUUCACCUUCUCCGCUCUGCUGCAUUCGGUGGAGCGAGACACGCCCAACUCGCCGUUCAGCAGCAUCCCUGAUGCGUGGUGGUGGGCCGCAGUGAGCAUCUCCACAGUGGGCUACGGUGACGUGGUUCCAGUGUCCACCCUGGGACGCUUCGUGGCCUUCGCCUGCAUCUCCUUCGGCAUCAUCCUCAACGGGAUGCCCAUCUCCUUCCUCUUCAACAAGUUCUCCGACUACUACGCCAUCCUGAAGGCCCAGGAGGAACGCACCUUCAGCAGGCGGCGCUUCCGCCUGAAGGAGCGAAUAGGAGACAAAGUGGCGGCGUGCUUCCAGGCGGCGGUGGUAGACGACGGUGGGUACGAUUGCCCGAACUGAGGUUUUCCCAACAUGGACCUGCCGAGAUCCCUCCUGUUUAAGCUAAACUAGAGACGUUGAAAAGAAGAAACCAUAGCCAAAUCACGCUGAACCCCGUCGUCUUUGCAUAGGCCUUGGGGUUUGAGCAUGCGGACUGCUGUCUGUGAUCGAACAUAACAGGAAAGGAUAUUAUGUCUCCACAGAACCUUUCAAAGGUCGCUCCUGGUGCUGAUCAGUUGAGACCACCGGUACAGCGACUAGUAGACUGAUAUGUGUAGAGGCCACUCCAUUAGUUAAUCUGUGCUAGAGCUGCUGAAUGAAAAUAUAAACAGGGGAUCGAUGUUCAAAUGUUCAUCUCAUAAACAUAUGAAAACGAUUGUAAAACAUGCAUACAGAGCUGUCUCGUUGUCAUGUGCUCAAUCAGCAGACAUUAGGGAACUGCAGCAGAUGUCUACACAAAGAGGCUGUCUGUGGUUUCUUCGGGACUUCAUGAUUUCUUGCAUCCAAAAUAAAUACACUACAGG